AUGACGUCUUUAGAAGAAUGGUUUGAUGAUGCAAUUUCUGAUGGUAAAAUUCGUAAAAUACCACACGAAGAAAUUUCUAAAGGAAAACUUCUUAGUGAUGGAUCGUUCGGAAAAGUGUACUUAGCUGAAUGCAAUUCAAUCCCCGAAAAAAUUGUACUCAAAAAGAUCAAAAAAUGCCAUAUUAAAGAAAAAGAAAAAGAUAUUUUAUUUGCAUUUAUAAAAGAGUUGAAGAUACAUAGUAACUUGGAUCAACAUGCAAAUAUUAUUCAAUUAUACGGGAUUAGUGAGAGCGAGAACAGAAACUCCUAUUAUCUAGUAAUACAAUGCGCAAAUGACGGAACUCUUUCUGGAUUUUUGAAAGAGAAACGCGAUACUUUAGACUGGGCUACAAAAAUAUCACUAGCAAAACAAAUGGCUGAUGGUAUUCAUUAUCUUCACUCGCGCGAUAUAAUUCAUCGAGAUUUGCAUUCCAGAAAUAUUUUAUUACAUGAUGGUCAAAUAAAAAUUGCGGAUUUUGGUCUUUCUAAGGACAUUAAUAGCCAAACAUCUAGCACUUUUAGAAUUUUGGGCGCGACAGCUUAUAUUGAGCCUAAAAUGUUUACAGACAUCAGAUAUAAGAAAGAUAAAAGAUCAGAUAUUUACGGUUUAGGAGUUUUGUUCUGGGAAAUAUCAAGCUGCUGUAUCCCUUUUAAAGACCUUAAUCAGCAAGCCCUUAUGGGUCAAAUUAUUAAUGGACUACGUGAAGAUCCAUUACCUGAUACCCCUUUUAAAUAUAUGGAAUUAUAUCGGCAUUGUUGGAAACCCGAACCAAAAGAUCGGCCUUUAAUCCAGGAGGUUUGCCAUAGAUUGGAAUCAAUUCGAAUUGAUCUUGUUUUCAACCCUGCCUUAGUAGAUUUAAUUGACGAACUCAACGACAAACUUGAUUCUAAAUUACAUGUUUCUAACAUUGAUAUGCAACCUUUUGGUAAAACAAACGAAAAUAACGGUGAUGCAAAAAAAGAUAACCUUCGACAAUAUUUACAAAAUGAACAUCAUAAUUUAACUUGGUAUCAGCGAGUGGCGCUGUUGGAAAGCAUAGUUGAAAAUCUGCAGUCUAUACACACCAAAAACUAUAUUCACUGUAACCUUCACAUUGGAAAUGUGCUUAAAGGGAAACUAGAUUAUGAAAUUGAGAUAGCUGGUCUUUCAUAUUUGCGACCUGUUGAAGAAACUGGUUUAUCAAAAGAAUUAUAUGGUGCACCGCCUUAUACGGCACCUGAAUUAUUCCAAGGUCUGCCACAUACACAAGCAUCAGAUAUUUACUCAAUUGGAAUUAUUAUGGCUGACAUUGCUUCUGGGGGUAAACCUCCAUUUGGUGAUGAUUAUUCUUCUGUUCAGUUAGCUCUAGCUAUUAUUGAUGGCUUAAGACCUAAAUUUUCCUACGGAAUGCCAAGGUGUUGGAAGGAUUUGAUGAAAAAAUGUUGGCAUGAAAAUCCAUCUCAAAGACCUAACGUUAAUCAACUUCUUGAAGAAAUCAGAGAAAUACUGCGUUUUGGUUCAAAAUGGGUAGUUGAAAAUAUUGAUAAAGAUGGAACAGAUGCAUCUUCAGUUGAUAUAAAUAUGUCUUCGGUUGAACAAGAAGUCUAUUCAGAUUUAGCUACAAUGAUGAUUUGUUUGGAUAUCAAUAGUAAUAAUGAAAAGAAAAACGAAUCGGAAAAAGAGAAUCAAAGUUUGAGUAAGUUUUAG